AUGCGACAGGGGCUCUGCCAGCUCCUGGUGGUGGUGGCCUGGAUCAGGGGGAUCCUGUAUGCCACUGUGCAGAUUCUUUUCAUGUUCAUGUUCAAUCUGACCUUCUGUGGUCACAAUGUCAUUGACCACUUCAUGUGUGAUUUCUUCUCACUGAUGGAACUUGCCUGCGGCGACACCUACAGACUUGGCAUGGUGGUGGCAGCUAACACAGGGGGCAUGUGCUUGCUCAUUUUUUCCAUGCCACUUGUCUCCUACAUAGUCAUCCUGAGCUCUUUGAAAUCUCAUAGCUCUGAAGGACAACGGAGGGCCCUCUCUACAUGUUGCUACCACUUUGCAGUAGUGGCACUUUUUUUUGGUCCGUGUAUAUUCACCUACAUGCGUCCUGUGGUCAUUUAUCCUGCCAACAAGUGGGUGGCUGUGUUCUUUGCAAUCCUCACUCCCAUGUUAAAUCCUAUCAUUUGCACAGUGAGAAAGGCAGAAGUGAAAAAUGCUGUGAGGAGUUUGUUGAAGAGGAGAGUAACUUAA